AUGCAAUCUAUACAAAGUCGACGUAUCGCCCCGUACCCCCUUGAUACUGACGUCAGCCUGGGUGCAGUCAAAGAUACAGUUGCUCCGGGAAUAGAGAAUAGAACGAUCUGGGCGUGUUUUAUCAUGGACCGCAUGAUAAGCUCGGGCACUUACAACCCACCCAUGCUUCCCAUGUCGGAGAUGGAGAAGUUGAAAGUCUCGCGGCCGUUAAGCACCGUUGAAUUUGCCUUUGGGACCAACGUAAGCCUUUAUUCUGGGCACACAGGGCAGAACCUCACCUGGGCUGAACGUCUGCCGUCGGGCCUUCUUGAUAUAACCCAGUGCUACGAAAUUCUAGUUUCUGGCUUUGAUAUCUGGGCACAAGUAAUGACUUUUAUCUUUAACGACGGUCGUCGAGCACCGGGGAUGUGUGCCCCGGAGAACUGCCCUUGGGUCCCAGGGUCUCCGUGGUCUAGGACUAAGGCCCAAUUGGAAAGGUGGAGGGCCGGCCAACACAAUCGCCUUCAUUACCCGAGUAACAGUGUUGCGAUCCACAUGACAUUGGGAUAUGGAGAGUCCUUCACAUACAUCAAUCUUCUCUAUUAUCUGAGGUUGGACAUCAUCCUUUCUCCAUCGAGAAUACCGAGCACAUUGCCAGGCUUUUACAUGAAGCAUCAGAAUGUGGAGCCCAUCUGA